ACGACUGACAGUUGCAGGGUUCACAUGUAGAAUCAUAGUAUAGUGGGUGCGAUGGUAGUCAGUAAUACCACAUUCGCGUUCAAGCAUGUGGCAGGACAACACGCACCUGUCAAAUUCUCCGCCGCCAUCUUGUCGCUUUUGACGUUUGCUGUUGCGUUCAGGAUUCGGGAGUUCGGUUCCACGUACCGGUAUUGUGUUUAGUGUAUGACAAUGUUGGUGUGUGUGCUGUUAUAGUGUACUGUGGUGCUGUGUGUGUUUCAAUUUUAUAAAAAUUACUCUGAACAGUACAAAGAUACAUUUCUAGUCGACGUACUUCUAUAAAAAUGUUAAUACAAUUCCCUUGACUGAUAAAUUAUUUGCUGGUGAGGGAAACAAAGAUUGUGAGACAAGAAGAGAAAGUGUAGAUUUCGAAGGAGUUUAAAAAGAAGAUAAAGAAAUGGAUACCAAAAAUGAUGCACGUGGUGAUGACAUCGAAUUGACCGUUCAAGGAGUCAGUAAGCCCAGCGUUCCGAAAAAGUCAAAAUCAGAUCUUCCUGAACGAGGGUCAUGGGGUAGCAAGCUGGACUUUAUUCUCUCCGUCAUAGGUCUAGCUAUAGGUCUUGGUAAUGUCUGGCGUUUCCCUUACCUCUGCUACAAGAAUGGUGGCGGAGCGUUCUUGAUACCCUACUUCUUAACGCUGUUUCUUGCUGGUAUACCGAUGUUCUUCAUGGAACUAGCCAUGGGACAGAUGCUUACGAUCGGCGGUUUAGGCGUAUUCAAGAUUGCACCGAUUUUCAAAGGAAUUGGUUACGCCGCCGCAGUGAUGUCUUGCUGGAUGAAUGUGUACUAUAUUGUAAUUCUAGCGUGGGCUAUCUUUUACUUCUUCAUGUCUAUGCGAUCAGAUGUUCCAUGGCGUACAUGUGACAACUAUUGGAAUACAGAUACCUGUGUGAACCCUUACGACAGAACGAACCUUACUUGUUGGUCUGAUUUCGACAUGAAUACCUUCUGUACCCUGAAUGGCAAGAAUGUAAGCAAAGCCGUCCUUUCGGACCCUGUGAAAGAGUUUUGGGAACGUCGUGCUCUCCAAAUAUCGAGCGGUAUCGAACACAUUGGGAACAUUCGUUGGGAACUAGCGGGUACUCUACUAUUAGUUUGGGUGCUCUGUUACUUCUGUAUCUGGAAGGGAGUGAGGUGGACCGGCAAAGUUGUCUAUUUUACUGCUCUGUUCCCCUACUUCUUGUUGACCGUUUUGCUUAUUAGAGGUAUAACUCUACCCGGAGCGAUAGAAGGUAUAAAGUUCUACGUAAUGCCAAACAUGUCGAAACUUUUCGAAUCCGAAGUAUGGAUAGAUGCGGUCACACAAAUAUUCUUCUCUUACGGUCUCGGUUUGGGAACUUUAGUGGCUCUCGGGAGUUAUAACAAGUUCACUAACAACGUUUACAAAGAUGCGUUGAUAGUAUGUUCAGUGAAUUCCAGUACAUCAAUGUUUGCUGGUUUCGUCAUAUUCUCAGUGGUUGGUUUUAUGGCUCAUGAACAACAAAGACCCGUAGCGGAAGUUGCAGCAUCAGGUCCAGGCUUAGCUUUUCUCGCCUAUCCAUCAGCAGUUCUACAACUACCAGGCGCUCCUCUUUGGUCGUGUCUCUUCUUCUUUAUGUUGCUGUUAAUAGGCCUGGACAGUCAGUUCUGCACCAUGGAAGGUUUCAUCACUGCGGUGAUCGACGAAUGGCCCAAACUAUUGAGAAGGAGAAAGGAAAUAUUCAUCGCUAUUACUUGCGUUAUAUCUUACCUGGUCGGACUUUCUUGUAUUUCUGAGGGUGGUAUGUACGUGUUCCAAAUCUUGGACUCCUAUGCUGUAUCCGGUUUCUGCUUAUUGUUCCUCAUUUUCUUCGAAUGCGUCUCCAUCUCCUGGGCGUUUGGCGUGAACCGCUUCUAUGAUGGAAUUAAAGAAAUGAUCGGAUACUACCCAACUAUCUGGUGGAAGUUUUGCUGGGUUGGAUUCACUCCCGCUAUCUGUAUUAGCGUGUUCAUCUUCAACCUGGUGCAGUGGAAGCCCAUCAAGUACAUGAGCUACGAGUACCCGUGGUGGUCGCACGCCUUCGGCUGGUUCACCGCGCUGUCCUCCAUGCUCUGCAUCCCCGGGUACAUGCUGUACCUGUGGCGGGUCACCCCCGGGACCAACAUGGAGAAAUUCCACACAAUCGUCCGCAUCCCGGAAGACGUCCCGUCACUUCGCACUAAGAUGCAAGCUGAGGAACAAGCGAAGCACGGAACCGCUUAA